GCAGGCUCUGACGUCACGGAGCGCUCCUCCAGUCACAUGACUAGUAAUGACGUACUGGGCACCGCUGCCGCCAUGAUUGUUCCUGGAGGAACCGACCAACCGGAAGUGUACCGUGUCCUUCCGCUCUGACCGGCCAGGCAACAUGGCGAGUCCGGAGUUACUGCUGGACUCCAGUAUCCGGCUGUGGGUCGUGUUACCCAUCGUGUUCAUCACCUUCUUCAGCGGCCUCCUGAGGCACCAUGUCACCCGCCUGCUGCAGGGCGAGAAGAAGACCGAGCUGGAGCCUCUGAGUGACAGUCAGGUUCUGAUCCGAAGCCGAAUCCUCCGGGAGAACGGGAAAUACAUCCCCCGGCAGUCAUUUCUCAUGAGGAAAUUCUACUUCAAUGACGCGGAGACCGGAUUCUUCAAGAAGACCAAGAGGAAAGUGAUCCAGAAGAACCCCAUGACCGAUCCCACCAUGAUGACGGAGAUGAUGAAGGGCAACCUGACCAACGUCCUCCCCAUGAUCCUCAUCGGGGGCUGGAUCAACUGGGCCUUCUCUGGCUUCCUUACAACAAAGGUUCCGUUCCCCCUGACCCUGCGAUUCAAGCCCAUGUUACAGCGGGGCAUCGAGCUGGUGUCUCUGGAUGCAUCUUGGGUUAGCUCGGCAUCCUGGUAUUUCCUCAACGUGUUUGGCCUGAGGAGUAUGUAUACACUGAUACUGGGACAGGACAAUGCUGCCGACCAGAGUCGUAUCAUGCAGGACCAGAUGACGGGAGCGGCCAUGGCUGUGCCCCAAGAUAUCAAUAAAGCCUUCAAAGCUGAAUGGGAAGCGAUGGAGAUCACAGAACAUCAAUGGGCGCUGGAGAACGUGGAGGAAGAUCUGGUCUCGAGGGACCUAAACCUGGAGUCAUAAUAAUAACUUCUGUGCAGCCAAAGAGACUUUACCCUUGUACACAGUAUUUUUCAUACAGAUUGCCAAAUUAAAGUGCAAUAAUAUAAAUAAUAUAAUGUUUGGGCCUG